AAACACACAACACACAACAAUGGCAACUGCACGGUGGAGCUCUAUUUCUCUAAGCACUGCAACAAUCAAGAAAAGGAGAGUGGAAGCUACAAUGGAAGAAAAGGAGGUGUCACUCGAGUUCCCCUUCUUCCGCGUCUACAAAGACGGUGGGGUGGAGUUACUCCAUUCCCCACCAGUAUUCUAUCCUCCCUCCGACGUUAAAGACACCGUCAUUUCUUCCGAUCAAUGUGCACCAGUCUCCGCUCGUAUCUUCCUCCCAAAAACACCCAACCGCAACAACAAACUCCCUGUCUUGCUCUUCUUCCAUGGCAGCGGCUUCUGCGCCAAUUCCGCCUUCACUGAGGAAUACAGUAACCACGUCGCUGCCAUUGCCAACGAAGCCAAGGUCCUUGCGAUCUCCGUAGAGUACGCUAAGUUCCCGGCCCGACCACCGCCCGAGUGCUACGAAGACGCCUGGAGAUCUCUCCAGUGGGUCGUGUCGCACGCGGACGGGGAUGGGCCAGAGCUCUGGCUUAACGACCUUGCUGACCUGCAGCGUGUUUUCAUCGCCGGAAGUGGCACCGGCGGUAACCUCUCGCACUGGGUGGCUAGCCUAGUGGGAAAAACCGUGUUACCGAGGCGUGUGAGUGUGGAGGGUGCGAUUCUGGUGCACCCUUUCUUUGGUGGAAUAGGGGACGAUGAUCAGUGGCUGUUCAUGUGCAAGGAGAAGAAUGGGCCGGAGGAUCCGAGGCUGAAGCCGAGGGCGGAGGAUUUACAGAGUCUUGGGUGUAAGAGGGUUUUGGUGUGUGUGGCGGAGAAGGAUCCUUUGCUGGUUGCCGGAAGGAACUACGUUACGGCGCUGAAGAAGAGUGGUUGGAGUGGAAGUGUUGAGCUCGUUGAGCAUCAGGGUUUGGGACAUUGCGAGCAUGUUUAUAAGCCUUAUGAAGACAAUUCUCGUCAGGUCUUGAAAAAGAUUGCUUCUUUUAUCAAUGAAAAGAAUUGCCGCUGUUAGCUUACUCAUGUUGAUGUGGGAGAAAUUGAAUUUAUGCUUGGGUUCUUUGUAGUUUUGAGACAUCCAGGUUCUAAUAAGUGAGUGUAGGUCUCACUCAAAAUGCUGUUGGGAAUAAGUAGUAUGACCAUAAUCUAAUCAAUCAUGUGUCAAAUAAUUUGUUAUUGUUAUUAUAUUAAAAUAUUAAUA